AAUAAUUAUAUUUUCCACGUGAAAAGGUGAAAAAAACUCAAGGAAAAAUGAAAGCAGGACUUCUCUUUGUAUUUGCUUCAUUAUUAACUCUUACUCUUGCUUUUGUCAGGGUUCCGCUCCAUCGCCAUGUCGUCCCAAGGUCACAGACCAGAGCAAGAUUGCUUGCGAAGUACCCGUCUUAUUUCUCGUCUUUUAAAGUGAAUGAUGUCCCGGAGCCUCUUACUAAUUACCUUGAUGCAGAGUAUUAUGGCAACAUUACAAUCGGUACUCCUCCACAAAACUUUCUUGUCAUUUUUGAUACUGGUUCGUCAAACCUUUGGAUACCUAGUUCAAAAUGUGAUCCUAAAGAUAAAGCUUGUCAGACUCACCAUCAAUACAAUCACGAUCACUCGAGUACUUACGUGAAGAAUGACACAAAAUUUGCCAUUCAAUAUGGUACUGGUAAUCUCACCGGAUUCCUCAGCGUUGAUACUGUAACUAUUGCUAAUCUUACUGUUCCAGCUCAGAAGUUUGCAGAGGCAGUGGAGCAACCUGGUGACACUUUUGUGAAUGCUCAGUUUGAUGGCAUACUUGGUAUGGCAUGGCCCAGCAUCUCUGUUGAUGGGGUCAUACCUUUCUUCAAUAACCUUGUACAACAAUCACUCGUAGCUCAACCUGUCUUUGGAUUCUAUCUGGAUAGAGAUGAGAAUGGUACUCUAGGUGGUGAGCUGGCAUUAGGUGGCACUGAUCCUUCCCAUUACAAGGCUCCCAUUAAUUAUGUACCUUUGUCUGACAAGACAUACUGGCAGUUUAAGCUUGACAAGAUAAAAGUUGGUGGUACAACUCUAUGCAGUAACGGCUGCCAGGCAAUAGCAGAUACAGGAACAUCUCUAUUAGUGGGUCCUUCGGUUGAUGUGCAAAAAAUAAUGAAAGAAAUAGGAGCCAAGAAUACUGAUGGAGUGUAUAUGAUUGAUUGUGGGAAUAUGUCGAAUUUGCCAACUGUUUCUUUUGUUAUUGGAGGAGCACAGUAUCUUCUUUCACCUCAACAAUACAUCAUGAAAGAAGAGGCUGAAGGGCAGACAUUUUGUCUCGUUGGAUUCGACUCACUGGAUCAAGGGGAACCUCUGUGGAUACUAGGCGAUGUAUUUAUCGGAUACUACUACACUGAGUUUGAUGUGGGUCAAGGAAGAGUUGGGUUUGCUCCAGCCAUUUAUUAAGAGAGGCAGGAUAGAGAGACUACAUACAUGUAGCUGCUAAACUCAAUAGUCAUUAAGCUCAAUUAUUGUUUUUUGUUGAUUACUUUCAGGACACACAUUUUAAGUUAUCGUUUGAUUUUGAAUCACAA